AUGUCCAUCUCGAAAGGUCGGAGUUUGCGCCUAGGAGACGAGGAAUGGGGCUUUGAGGCACCAUUUGACCUUGCGAUGCAGCUUUUGAGGGUUAUGGACUUAGUUGAUGUCUCGAGGGAAAAGCUUCCUGGACUCAAGCGCAUCGACGUGAACUGCGAGAACCACCGAGAGCCCAUUGGCCAAUGGGAAGCGGCAGAUUAUGAAGACGACGACGGCGUGGUCAGGAUGCCGCCCGGCAUUACAGAGCUCGAGUUCCUGCUGGAGGAAGAUGGGCUCUUCGGUUAG